UGACCUGUUUUGAACGCUCGUGGUCCUUCAGAGUUUUUACAGCUUGAAUCAGUCUGUGCUCCUCCAUCUGUACUGACUUUCAGACUCUACUGAGAGGAACAAAACCUGGCAUUGUCAUUGUGGCACGUUUUGAUGGCUUAAAGUACCAUUGUUUUUCUCUUUCACCAUACUAUUUCUUCAGAAGACAUGAUCUUCAAUAUGAUCGGCGGGCCUCGUGCUGCCUUUGGCACGUUAAUAGCGCAUUGGCGGAGAGGUGUGAUGAACACUGGCAGCAGAAGACUGUGCAGCAAGCCUCCAGAGGGGGCAUCCGUACCCCAACAGACCCCAGCACAGGCACAACAUCUUGGGUUUAAAUUACCAGGCUACCGCCCAUCAGACUUGGAUAGGAAGAUGCUGAUGUGGUCUGGGCGAUUCAAAACCAAGGAACAGAUUCCAGAGUUUGUGUCAUUUGAGAUGAUUGAUGCUGCCCGGAACAGAGUGCGUGUGAAGGCCUGCUAUGUCAUGAUGGGACUGACCAUCUUGGCGUGCCUUGCUAUGGUAGUUUCGGGCAAACAGGCUGUAGGUCGACAUGAUAAUCUGACUGCUCGUAACAUGGAGAAGAAGGCUCGAUUGAGAGAGGAAGCACAGAAAGAGAGGGAGGAAGCUACACUUAUGGAUAAAGCCCAGUGAGAUGCAUCCAACUGAGCUUCAGAAACCCAUUUCCUAGUUUCAGCCAGACUCACUCAGCAAACAGCUAUUUUAAUACCAUGCUUCAUUAGAUUUUUGGUGGUGAUGUUACAGAUGUUCCUUCACCCAGAAAAUUGUUUUUUAUAGUAGUGAAAGAGAUACUGCUACAGAUGUUUUCUUUUGUGUGCUUGUGGAAAAAAAUAAAUAAAUAACUAUC